UACCUAGAAAAGAUAUAGGACGUACCCUGUUUUACACAAAUUGUUUUGAAAUAUAACCACUACAUUUUGUGUUUAGAAUCUGCGAUACCUAUAUACUUAUAUUUGUAGGGUGUUUUUCGCAAAGUCUAAAAGUUUGGCCCUUUUUAAUAAAAUUUUACAAAUAUUCCCAAGAUAUUUCAGACCUAUAUGUAUAACAGAUGCAAUGUAUGCUAUAUGUAUAUUUACUACUGUAGGGUCUAUUUUCAAAUCCAAUUUGUCAAUCUGGUUGCAUGUAUAUUCAUACUAAAAACAUAAUAUGUGCUAUGUAUAUACUGAUUCUGAAUGUAUUCCUUCCUUUGUUUUUUUUUAAUGAAUAAACAAAGAUCCCUUAUUUUCACUCCUUAUCAUGACUCAUGAGAUUUCAAAUAAGUAUUCAAAAGUGAACAAUAAAUUAAAACGAAUUCUUUCGCGCGUAAUGGAAUGACGUUGCAGAAAGCACAUUACCCUAUGCGUUGAUCACGUGUUCUCUGUACUCGUCUAACAUGUAAGAAAAGCGAAUAUUCAUCUCUUUUUACUUAUAACCUCGUGACCUGAGUUCGUUUUCGUUCGAUUCGAUGUAAGUACACGCAAGUGGAAAAUUACUAAAUUACCUAACCUAUUUGUCGCUGCUGUUUCCGUUGAUUUUUAAGAUUUUUCUUUUUAUUAGAUCACCAGUUUUUGAAGUGUUUUGUGUCCAUAUUAAUAACAAUUGCAAUUACUAUGGAUAGCAAAAUGAAAAAGAAAUUAAGUAGGAACACGAGGGAAGGUUUAAAAAUGUCCUUAAAUAUAAUUUCUGGGAAUGGUUCUGAUGUUAUUGAGGGCAUUGCGGGUCAACGUUUCAGUUGUGAAAGUUCCAUUAAUAUCAACGUUACUAGUUGUAGUAAUCCCGGUGCACCUGAUUUACAGAAUAAUUCUGAAUUUGAAGAACUACUAGCAACGUCACAUAAUUUAUCGUGAAAUUCUGGAAAUGAUUUUGACGUAACCGAUAUACUCGACUGUGAUAAUUAUGUAACUUCCCAAGGUGGUGAAAUAAGUUUCGAUUUUAUUAAUCAGGUUGCUGAUCCUCAUGCUGAUCUCCCUUGUAUUUUACCAAAAGCAACACCGUCGAAGGAAUUUGAUUUCAAUCAUUUUAAACAUAAACUUGCCGAAUGGGGAAUUAGUGGAAAUAUAUCACAUAUGAAUAUUUCAAAACUUUUAAGUAUUUUAAAAACAGUACCAGCAUUAAAUAAUUUGCCAAAUGAUGCCAGAACAUUAGUGAAUACUCCGCGAUCAACUGCCGAUCAAGUUCGGGUUAUGCAACCAGGAUAUUUUUGUUAUUUUGGUAUUGGCACCACUUUGCGUAAUUUAUUUACAAAGUUCAGUUACACUCCGUUAGAAAAUAGCAUCAUUGAGUUAGGAGUAAACAUUGAUGGAUUACCUAUAAGUAAAAGUGUUAAAUCUACAUUUUAUCCCAUUUUAUGUAACAUCAAAUCGAUAGAAAUAUUUAAAACUCAUAUUUUAUUAAUUGGGUUAUAUCAUGGAGCUGAUAAACCUAUGGAUUCAAACGAUUUAUUGCAAGAAUUUGUGGAAGAAUCUAUCAGUUUAUAUAACAAUGGAAUUAUUUUGAAUGGUAUUAUUUGUAAAAUUCGAAUUGUGAUGUUAACUUGCGAUUUACCUGCAAAAUCAUAUGUGCUGAAAACUAAAGGUCACAUGGGGUAUUUUUCUUGCUCUAAAUGCAAGCAAGAAGGUGACCAUGUUGAAAGAGUAUUGUGUUUUCCCGAAACAAGUUUUAUAAAAAGAACUGAUGAUGAUUUUCGUAGACAAACUCAAUCUGAACAUCAUAUUGGUUGUAGUAUAUUAACGAAACUACCACAGUUCAAUAUGAUUAGGGAUGCUCCCCUAGAUUAUAUGCACCUAAUUUGUUUAGGUGUUGUCAAAAGAAUUUUGGCAGGUAAAAAACAUGGGCUAAUUUUUGGGAAACCUCCAUACAAAUUACCAAGUCGUGAUAUUAAUAAUAUAUCGGAGAGAUUAAAAAUUAUGAGUAAGUUUAUUCCAAUGGAAUUUUCCCGCAAAACAAGGCCCAUUACUGAAUGUAGAUUGUACAAGGCUAGUGAAUUUAGAUUUUUUUUAUUAUAUGCAGCACCUGUUGUGUUGAGAGGUAUUGUGAAGAAGGCAAUCUAUAACAAUAUUCUUACUUUACAUUUAGCAACAUCUAUCUUAAUCAGUAGGGAAUUUCAUUGUCAUUCUGAUUAUCUCAAAUAUGCAAAUGAUUUAAUGUUGCAUUUUGUACAAACGUCUUUAAAAUUAUACGGAGCAGAUUUUGUUGCACACAAUGUUCAUUGCUUAUUACACAUUGCUGACGAUGUGAAGUACUUUGGGGAACUAGACAACUUUAGCGCAUUCCCAUAUGAGAAUUAUAUGCAAAAGUUGAAAAAUAUUUUGAGGAAACACCAUAAACUUUUGCAACAAGUUAUACGGAGAAGCAUGGAAACUGAAUUUUUAAAUUCGAUGGGAAAUAUAGGUAGUAAUGAAAUUACUCCUUACUGUACUCAAGAACAUUUUGAUGGGCCUACCAUAAUAGGUUGUAACAAACAAUUCAAAGCGAUCAAAUUAAGUAAUUGCACUAUUAAAUUGAAUCGUGCCGAUUCUGUAGUGCAACUAAAAACUAUGGAAAUUGUCCGGGUGUUUAAUAUUUGUACAACUGAAGAUGAUAUCAAAAUUGUUGGCAAGGAGUUUAUUGAUAAACAAGAGUUAUACUUACAGCCUUGUUCUUCGUCUAUUUUUCAUAUCUAUGAAUGUCAACAAUUAAAACCAACUUUUUCGUCGUGGUCGAUUAACGAAAUCAAUCAUAAAGUAGUGCUGUUACCACAUAAAAAUGGUUUUGCUGCUUUUCCAAUGUUGCAUUAAUUUGGAUUUGAAAUAUUUUUAUUGUACAUGCUACCUAUUCAAUGUACAGGGUUUUAAAUUAACAUGGAGAAAAAAACAAGUCCUUGGAUGGUGGUUCGUUUUACAAAAGAAAAUUGUGUGGAAAUGAUACCUAGCAAUUGGUACAUGUCCAAAUCGUCAAAGUGUUAUUGGCCUCCGAAAAAAUCAAAUAAGGAAAUAAAGAACCUUUUAUUGCAAAGACAUUCUCCAUCAAAAGAAUGGGCGUUAUUUGAUGUUGUUCUCUUAGGACAAUAUGCUGAUGUAAGUAAGGCUAGCAAAAAGGCUUCCAAAGCUAGAGAAACCGAUGAAUUAACAACCACAUGUGAUGAAAAUGUUGAGAAUGUAAAAAGAAGAAGGAACAAAAAUAGGAAAUAUAGUUCGUCAUCUAACUCAACUGCUUCUGAGGCAGAGUCAGUGGACGAUAAUGAUUACCCUACUCCACCAAGAUCAACCGAUGCUAGUCUCCAUCAUGAAAAAGAACAAAGUUCACGAGCCUCAUCGAAAGGAUCAACUGUGUCAGCUGUAUCAUUAUCUUCAAUUUGAGGCAUGAUGUGAAGCAACCCCAAAUUAAAUCUUCAUCAAAUAAGUCUACCCUUAUGUCAAACAAGGAUUCUUUCGAAGAAUUCCAGAGACAAGUGUUGCGACAACUGCAUUUGAUUAAUGCAAAACUCAACCAACACUCAGAAAAUUUCAAUGUCAUAUUGCAAGGCGUUAACAAUCCUACAUUACCUGGCAAUGUAGCAGUUGUUCCUAUAUUUGACUUGGGAGAAGUUAAAGAUUUACUUCCAAUUUCAUCCGAGACAAAUUUGAACGAAUAGAAGAAUUGCUUGCUAACAAGGAUUGUGCCUCUUCAUUUGUAGGCAGUUGAAUUAAGUCGAACUGGUGGAGAAACUGUAACUGAAAUUACAAAAAGGAUCAUGUAUAAGCUGUUCAAUAAUGCAAUUGGAAUGACAUUCAGCUGGGACGGAGCAAAAGGGAAGAAAAAGUUUAAACAACUAAAAUUAGCAAGUGUAAUCAUAGAUAGUGUGAGAUUAAACAAGAGGACGCAGCAAGCAGCUGAUGACGAAAUAAUUAAAAUAAUCAAAUCAUGGUUGGUUCGGGCCAAGGACAUAUAUCAUAAUAGUAAUCGAGCAAGCAAUCUACAACAAACUGUUCAAGAAGAAGCAGCUGCCGAUAAUCUCUAAAAUGAUGUAUUUUAUAUGCCUAUAUAUGUGCAAAAUUCAUGAUUUUACAUAAAUAUUUCAGUUACAAUUUUCUUUAUUUCUUGGUAGAACUGCAUGUAAGUAUAUAACAUACGUAUGUACAUUUCACAUUCGUAUUAUAUAUACAUGUAUAUUCAUAGUGUGUACGAUGUAGAUUAUUAGAAGUUUCACUGAAUAUGAAACAAAUCCAUAGUACCUGUGAAACAUAUUCAUAACAUGUGUUAUGGAUGUACCCAUCAAUAUUCUCAGUAUAUUCAUUGCAUAUACAGAUGUGGAACCAAUGUAAUAUACAUAUCAUGUACCAAGAACAUACACAAUGUUAAAUAUGUACAUACAUUGAAUAUUUAUAUAUCCAUCUAGGCAUAUACAUUUAAUAUGCAUACCAUAUACUUGUGUUAUUUGGGU